AUGCCGUUCACUAUUGAUACGGCACAACUCUGGGCCGCCGUCGUCCUUGUCUUCACCUGGAACGUGCUAAACCUCCAAAACCCGGUUAUAAAGGUGUUGCUUGACUGGCUAAGUGUCCGCCUCCAGCUUUGGCUGGACCGAAGGUGGUGCGCCUUUGCCAGAAGGGGGGGGGUCCAGAGGUCAGGCCAGGCCGGGGGUAGAGGAGUGGUUGUAGUGGAGGGGAAUGAGGAGAGUGUAGGGGAUGAGGAUGAAGUGUGGUGGAGUGCAAAGGAGAGUGUAGGGGAGAGAAGAGAGGAGAGUGUGGAGGAGGGGCCUGACUCGCCUGGCAAUGGACCCCCUGCCAAUUCAAGGAACACCAUUCAUAACUUGGUUGGACAUUGGCUACAUCGGCGUGACAACCGCAGGAGAAGGGAUCUCGAGAGUGGGUUGUUUUAUAGGGGACGGUCGAGAUCCCCUCGGCCUGUGGCACGCCGAUCGCCAACUACGACGAACCAGCCCGACACCCGUGGAGUAGCCGGCGCCGGUGAGCUGAACGCCAUUAUCUCGGGGCUUCUGCCAGCCAGCGUCGGUGUUGAUACCACGGGUGGUCAAACUUGA